CUCCUGUUUUCCUAUGGUCUGUCUGCCUGAUACAGACAGUCUCUUGUUUUAAGAAAUGCAGCUGCUCUCUGCUCUCUCUCCCUGGGGAUCCCCACUGGUCACAGACAGGAGAACAGAGGGGUCCUAACGAAAGGAAGAGCCCCUUGAGGUGAGUGGCAAGUAACGAGAGAGGGUUUGUUACAGACUGGGAUGGGGAGGGCUGCUGCAAUAGAAUGAGUAAGCUUUGCGGAUUUCUGCAGAAAGCUGGAUGUGAUGUGAUGGUCUGCAGGGGUCAGAGGGACAAUGGAUCACAUAGAGCAAUAGUCUGCAGCUUUCUUGUUAAUGCAGUGCAGGGCUCUGGAAGGGUUGCAGAUAGAUGGCUGUGGAUCUCUAAGUACGAUUAUAUAGUAAAUCGCUAAUACUUUGGUGCUGUUGCUGGAUCCAGAGAGAUGCUCUGAUUUCACUGUGUGUUGUGAUGACCUCAAGUGUUCUGCGUGCAGUGUAGCACUCAGUUGUUAAAUGCAGUGAGGCACCCUGGGUGUGCAGUGCAGUGGGAUGCUAUAGCUUGUCAUGUCUGUUCUGCAUGCAGUGUAGCACUCAGUUGUUAAAUGCAGUGAGGCACCCUGGGUGUGCAGUGCAGUGGGAUGCUAUAGCUUGUCAUGUUUGUUCUGCAUGCAGUGUAGCACUCAGUUGUUAAAUGCAGUGAGGCACCCUGGGUGUGCAGUGCAGUGGGAUGCUAUAGCUUGUCAUGUCUGUUCUGCAUGCAGUGUAGCACUCAGUUGUUAAAUGCAGUGAGGCACCCUGGGUGUGCAGUGCAGUGGGAUGCUAUAGCUUGUCAUGUCUGUUCUGCAUGCAGUGUAGCACUCAGUUGUUAAAUGCAGUGAGGCACCCUGGGUGUGCAGUGCAGUGGGAUGCUAUAGCUUGUCAUGUCUGUGAUGCAUGCAGCAUGCCUUGCCGUGUCCAAUACUUUGUGCUUAAUACUAGCUGCAGAGCAUUGCACUGUGAGAUGUAUGAUGCAGUGCGCUGCAGGCUUAUUGACUGGUUUUUUUUUGCCUGCAAUACCCAAGGCAACGCAAUGAAUGGCUGUGUGUGCUGCAGAAUCACACUGCAGAACAGGGAGAGGAGGAAUAGUUGACCAAGAGAGAUACGAAUUAAUUAGAGAGAAUUUAACAGUUUGGACUAGUAGCUCUUUUGAAUUUCAAUUGGGUUUUUACUGUUUUGAGCAGCAUAGCUUUGAGUUAAAUCGUAUACUUUUAAAAAUGUAUUUUGUAUGGAAUCAUUUUGUUUUAAUUUGUCACCAACCUGCUUUUCAGUUACAUCACUAUCAUUAUGUUUAUUUUUGUUCAAUGUUCUAAUUCCUCAAAUCAUGCAUUUUCCUUCGGCUGUAUAUCUAAUUAUGGUGCCUAAUAUAUCAUUUCAAACAAUUGUUUUGCCAUAAUCUUAGACAUACAGUUCAAACAACCUUCAUUAUCUAGUUAAAUUUCCUCUUCCUUCUCCUUUGCAGCUGUUGUGUGCUCUGAGUGGGCAGGGUUUGGCUCCUCCUGGGUGGUGCUAAAAGUAGCCUUGCUCAUUCCGUGGCAAAAUUAUGGAUAACAAAGCAUACAAGGGAGAGGGCACAUGGCCACCUGCACAAUGUAAACAUACUUUGGAGUGGGACAAAAAGAAAAUAAAACCACCACCUGGCACAGUUUACACAACAACAGGAAAAAGCGGACCCCCAGUUACUGUAAUUGAGAUUUCCCCGGAGACAACAGAGGUAAACGACUAUUACCUGUGGUCCAUCUUCAACUUUGUCUACCUGAAUUUCUGCUGUCUAGGCUUCAUUGCCCUGGCCUAUUCACUCAAGGUGAGUCAAACUUGAAGAACUGUUGAGCCUAUGAAAUUGUAGAACAUGUAGAAAAUGACACAAAUUCUAUAAAGUUAAAUAUAUUGGGAACAAACAAAAUAAGGUAUCAAAUGAUAAGUUCUCUUACUACAAUAUGUACAUGGUUGGCCUAGAAUGUUUGAAGGAACAUACUGAACAUAUAAUUUGCACAAAAGGAUCUAUACAGCAUUAUGCAAAAUGAUCUAGAUUCUAAUUUUGAACUGAUAACAAAAUGUUUGUUUUUAGCAAAAACAAAUGCAGUUUUGUGUCCCUCUUUGAGGAAUAGACAUGAGUUUCUAUGGCCAAGUGUAUGGCAGUGAAUUCUGAUAAAAAGGAAUGUUGAAUGAAUUAAACUGUUCAACCAGUGAAUGGAACCAGCAGGGAUAUUAUACAGUUAUCCCAUAGACACAUUUAGGAGAAUCGCGAUUGGAUGAGACAGCUCAAAUACUUAUCAGUUGAUGCCACUGGUGGGAGAUGUAGCUUCAGGAUUUGCUGCAAACGAGGCUCAGGCAAAGGUAUCUUUAUUGUACCCAUUGUUUGUGUUAUUCUUUUUUUUGUCCACUUAAAACAAACAGACUGAGUAUAAUAUAAGUUUCUAGGUGGGAAAACAUGUCCAGGAGGCAAAUGGUGUCAUACUUUUCAGUUCCUUGGAUGGACUCGGAUACCUUUAUUACAGCUAUGGAAUUUGCUGGCGAUAUAUAAAUAAUAAAAUAUUAAAAAUAAUAAUAAUAAAAGGGAUUCUGAAAGUAAAACUUUUAAGGCAAGUUUAAAAUGAUUAAAUCAUAAAUCUGUUUAAGAGGCGUUUUCUAUUAUACUGCUAGUGUAAUGGAAUAAAUGGAGAAUUAAAUGUAAAAACAUGGCUUUAUAACAAAAGGUUGUUCGUAGGUUAUGGAGCUGCGCUGUUAUUUCCCCACUUUUCUCGAGACCACCACAUAUUAAUUUACAGAUGCACAUAUAAGGAAAUCAUAGAGGGAGAAUAAGGAUGAGAGAAAGUAUGGUCUGAGAAGCUGUGUCUGGCAGAUCAGUCCUUCAUGAUGACCACUAAUCUGAGAUUUAGCUAUUGCGUAAUGCAGUCAAUAAAACUGCAAUGCUUAACAAAUCCAGUGUGAUGCGUUGAGUCACUAUUUGUGGCAGAAACAGACAGCUCAGUCUUUCAAAAUGUCACCAAGCUGAAGAAACACUGUAGGCUGAACUGUCUUGUUUGGUAUGAAUGUGGCUGAAAUUGAUCACUAUGCUGGAUUCUGUGAUCUGAGCUGUACUGACAGAAGGGGCAGAGGAACAUGAUCUUCCUCAGAGAUGAUUCCUCUCGGCCUCACUACAGUAUAGAUAGGUGAUAUAUUGAGGAGGGCAGGGAUAGAGUUGGAUAAACAUACAAGUGGAUAAGGAUUGGCGGGAGAGACACCAGUGGGUAAGAAGGAUCAGGUGAAAUGCACAAGGAAGUGAAGACUGUCAGGAGAGAUACCCAAGGGGGUGAUAGCGGCUAUGAGAGUCAUAAUGGAAUGUGGGGGGUCUAGAGAUAUACACAAGGUAGUGAGAAUUGUCAGAAAAGCCACACUGGGGAAACACCAAAAAGGUAAAAUUCUGAAGGAUAGGAACAGACAAUGCUCCUAUAGCACCAGAUACGCUAGGUACGUCUCUACCUGGUUGGAUAUUCAGCUUGGCUUCUGUUAGUUGACCUCCAUAUAGAAUCAGUGUAAGUUAAAAAUUUGCAUUUUUGGUUUUUAAAUGAAUAGUUCUCAGUUAUGUCAGAAUUUUAUAUUUUUUCCAUCCACCACCGAUCAUAGGUAAUGCUCUUUUUCCUUCCCUCAGGUCCGUGAUAAAAAGCUGUUGAAUGAUCUCACUGGGGCUGUAGAAGAUGCAAAGACAGCUCGAGCCUUCAACAUAACAAGUUCAGCGCUCGCAACUCUGUGCAUUAUCAUCUUGCUCCUGUACCUGCGUUCUUCCCCCGCACACUAUUAGGAAACGAGCACGGUGUGUCUCUGUUCAAAGUGAGAACUGUAGCCUUUUAUCUUACACUGAAAUGUAAUCUUGCUCAUUACAGUGUAUAGUGGAAUAUUGAUUUGGGCCUAGAGUCUCUCCCAUUCUACUUUAAAAAAACAAACAAAAAAACGUCCACCAUUCGAUUUUCUCCGGACCUCACUGUGAUGUCAUCACGCCUUGCCGGAUUGCAGCCUUCGGAGCGUCUGAUGGCAGUUUAUAUGCAAAAACAGCAACAGCGGGCUAUAUAAAAUUCUCAGCACCGCAAGUAAGACACUGAGCUGCUAGCUGGGCCCCCCUCCUGUGCCUCAUCUUGACCAAGCCUGUGAAUUUAGAGUGUCAUCUCUCCGGGCAACAUUUACUCUAAUAAAGGACUUACAUUUUCUUUAACAACUUGUUUGCGUGCAGGACUAUUUACUAUUUGUUUAGAAAUGUGACUUUAAAAGGAACACUACCCGCAUCAGCCUUAACAACGAAUCAAAUAACAGAUACAUACAUAGAUUGUGGAAAUAGAACUCUAAUAUAUGGUGAGUGGUGACAUUAUGUUAGCAAUAGAUUAAAUAAUACAGAUCUUUCUUCACCCUCUUAAAGCUGUAGAAUUAGUUAUAAGAGAAAGUAAUAUGAGCUUUAGGGUAAGUUAGAAGUUACAUAUAAAUGAAGGAAUGUGUCAGAACAAGCAGUCGGAGAUAUAUUAAGGGAGUUAGUUGAAGUGUAUAUGUAACUUAUAUUUAGAUAAAAUUAUUCAUCUAAUGGGGUUUAAUGCCCAUAAAGCAAAUGAUGUAUUUACAAAAAACAUUAUUUUCGUCUUUCUUUUGUUCGUCUUUUUAUUUUUAUUUUAGUGGGACCCCUGGAGGAUUUCGUUUUAGGAUAAAUAUGCCCUAUUUCUUGUUUUCCUUUGCACAGUUGAGACAUACUGAAUGCUUUUGAAUAGUUUUACUGAAGUUACAAUCAUCAAUUGCAAUCAUAACCGGUAUAGGAUUAAACGGGGCACAAGUUAUGAUUUGAGCCCUUGUUUCAUUCUUGAAAUAUGGAUGGUGCAUAGGGCAAAGCAAAUUCAUGGAUCUGGGGUCUCUGUCUAACUACUGGGCCCUAGGCGUUUGCCUAAACUCACCUUAUGGUUAAUCCUGCUCUUAGAAUAUAAUUCUAACCAAAUAAAAUGUCCUGAUUGGAGAUCCAAGUUCUUUCUUUGAUGUCCUGUGUCUCUGAGACAUCACAGACAGCUAAUACAAAAUGGAGACAUGCACAAGCGCUACAGCAUUUUAUGCCGUACCCUAUUUAUACAAUAAUACAGCUUUUCUAAAGCCACAGAGCACAUGUCCAACUAUUGCGAGGAACGCAACUGAAGCCACAUAGUGACACGGUCAAUGCUUGUCUUAGGGGAAGGAAUUUUAAUAUUAUGUUUACUUGUCCCCUAUAUUUAACAAAUGUUGGUUUGUGAGGUCUGAAAAAUAAAAUAAAAUGUAGAAAUCCGCAUUUCUGUAUUUACCUCUAUCCUAGAACUGAGCACCUCCAACUUUGCUUGCGGUGGUGGGGGUGCGGUCAUGUAAAACAGAUAUGAGCAUUUAUUAAAGAUAUAUGAGUAAUGCAAUCAGUUACAUUCUUCUUGUAAUUCACUAUUUAUUGAAAUUUUAAGGAGCAAGAAAACCAGUUUCUUUAUGAUAAGAAAAAGAAGAUUGAGAUCUGGACACACGGACACCUGAAUGGUACAAUAUAAGAAUAAAACAAAGCCAUAAAAACUGUAUCCCAACCUGUGUAGCAGCAUUGAUCCAUAUGAACAUGAUUACGUAUGGUGUUUUUGCAUGCUGUAUUUAUACAGUGUGUCUGGAGAAGAGGAAGAUGCAAUACUCACUCUAACCUGUGUGUGGCAGUGGUACACCAAACGAAUCCUGGAGUCAGUAUAUUUAUGGACUAAUACUUUGUAACAUCCCAUACCAGACUCGCAGUGACUCAUCAAUGAAGCCGCGACAGACCACGACAGUGACACCUGAACACUGAACCAUCUGGUGGCCAGGCCCAAUCAUAUCAUUAUUAUCACUGAGAGCAUAAACUUGGAUCUUAAACACAUCAUUAAUACACAGUAGAAGCAGAAGAAUUUUAUUAUUUUUUCAAAUGGCUCAGAAAAUCCAGCCCAGAAUGAUCAGUGACUUUAACCAGCUCUGCACAGAGGAAGGGGCUAAAAUACCCUGGAAAAGAUCCACAUUGAAAAGAAAGUCUGUUUAAUAGGAUGUUCUUUGUGUUACUAAAAUACUUGCUUUACACACAUUUUACAAAUAAAAGACGAGACGUACAAUUAGUUUUGUUCCGAAAUGAAUUUCAGUUUAUUCUGUAAUUGAAGCGUCUGAAUGUCUGAAUUGAUGGGAACCGAAAACGAAACAAACAGAUCCGUAACAAAUUCAAACAAAUCACUUCUGAUCUAUUCAUUUUGAUAACGAUAACAUAUCAGGGAGUUCUGCGCAGUUUACACAGUACAGUUGAAAUGACAGAGUGUGCUAUGUGCUGAUCUAUUCAUUUUGAUAACGAUAACAUAUAAGGGAGUUAUAUGCUAAACAACUAAAAGAGUAAAAUGAAGAAAAUGUUUUUUUUUCUUACUUUUGAUCUUUCAGCUGUUUAGUAG